ACCCAACGUACGAAACAUCAUUGAUAGUCCGUUUUUUUACCAAACUCAAAUACUCAAUCAUUUUUGUGCUUAAUUUUAAGUCCUUAUUCUCCAGAGACAGCGAGAGAGAGAGGAGAUUGGACGGGAGGAGUGGAGCUGAGAUUCUCUCUUUCUUUCUUAGACUAGAAGAGAGUCUUUGAUUUCCUAAACCUUCAGUUUCCUUUAUUGGAUUGCCAGACCAAAUUAUCAGCUGCGAGGAGACUAAUCCCCAGAUUAGUCAGAAAACAGGGGUCUUCUUGGCAUUCCAUUUCUCUGUCUCUAUGCUGUUUUUUUUUAAUUUGAGGUAUAUUAUAUAUUUUGGAUGCAGUGGUUUCCAAUCACUCUGCAUUUGUAAUUGAAUUUUCUAAAAUCCAACACCAGUACAACUAUAAUACUCAUGGGGGGAUUAGAUGAUCAUGUUGCCAUGAUAGGAGAUUUGGUGCCUCCUAGUCCGAGUCCAAGGGCAUUCUUCUCAUCAAUCCUUGGUGUUGAUCUUGGGUCAAGGCCAGCUGCUGAGCAUACAAGGGAGAGUAAAUCUGGGACUCAUGUCUCAGAGCCUGAAGGGUAUGCUUCAUCAAAAUAUGGUGAUGUGAAAAGUUCUGCCCAAGCUGGUAAUGAAGAAGCUAUGUUGAGUUCAUUCUCCAAUCAGAAAGUGAGUUGCAGUGGAGGUCUCUUGGAAAGGAUAGCUGCUAGGGCUGGAUUCAAUGCCCCAAGGCUAAACACAGAAGGCAUUCGAGCAGCUGCUGAUCUUUCACAGAACCAAGCAGUUCGGUCUCCUUACUUGACAAUUCCUCCUGGUCUCAGUCCAACAACCCUACUAGAUUCCCCUGUUUUUGUUUCAAAUUCACUGGUACAGCCAUCUCCAACAACAGGGAAAUUUCCAUUUCCCUUGUCAGGUGACAUUCAGAAUUCAUCGUUGUGCAGUGAGGCUUCUGAUAAAAGCAAGGAGUUCUCUUUCGACAACAACAAUUUGUCUACCUUUGCUUUCAAGCAAUUCAUUCCAACCGGCACUUACCUCUUUCCGGGCACAUUAAACAAAGUUCCUCCAUCCGGUUUAAUACAUCAAUCCUCUCUCUGCGUUCAGAGUUCAAUCCAAUCAGAAAGGUCUCACGUCCCUCCCAAUGUAGAGACUGCUCAAGUUUAUCCACAGAAUGGAACAUUUCAACAGCGUAAUUCUCCACCUCUUGAUGAGGAUGCUGAUGAAAAAGGAGUUGGAGAUUCCAGUAGUCUUGGUGGUUCCCCAGCUGAGGAUGGCUAUAACUGGAGAAAAUAUGGGCAAAAGCAAGUCAAAGGAAGUGAGUAUCCACGGAGUUACUACAAGUGCACGCAUUCAAACUGCACGGUCAAGAAGAAAGUGGAGCGCUCUCUUGAGGGUCAUAUUACAGAGAUAAUAUACAAGGGGGCCCACAAUCACCCAAAACCUAGUACAAAAUCUCUACCUGGACCCACAAAUGGAAUCAGUGAUAUGCAAAUAGAAAGUGCAACCAAACAAGCUGGAAACGGAGGUGAUAGUGAUACUUGUAGUUGGAGUAAUGACAAUCUUGAGGUAACAACCUCUGCACCUUUGGGCUCAGAAUACUGCAAUGUAGUGGCCCAAAAUGGUGCACAGUUUGAAUCAGGUGAACCAGUCGACAUGUCCUCUACUUUUUCAAAUGAGGAAGACGAUGAUGAUCGUGGAACACAUGGAAGUGUAUCACUAGGAGCCUACGAGGGUGAAGGGGACGAGUCCGAGUCAAAGAGAAGGAAGCUUGAGAUUUAUCCGGCAGACAUGACUGGUGCAACGAGAGCCAUCAGAGAGCCGAGGGUGGUGGUGCAGACUACCAGUGAGGUUGACAUACUUGAUGACGGUUAUCGCUGGCGCAAGUAUGGUCAGAAGGUUGUCAAAGGGAACCCAAAUCCAAGAAGUUACUACAAGUGCACAAGUGCGGGUUGCAAUGUCAGGAAACAUGUGGAGAGGGCUUCUCAUGAUCUCAAGUCGGUUAUCACCACCUAUGAAGGAAAGCACAACCAUGAUGUUCCUGCUGCACGAAACAACAGUCAUGUUAAUUCUGCAGUACUAAAUCCUCCUGCGCGAACCCAUUUUCACAGUCCUGACCCCUCAGAACUUCACGGCACUGUUCCCAGGUUUGAAGCGCCACUUUCAUUUAGGACACAGCUAGCCAGUACCCCAGGUUUUGGUUUUGGGAUGAACCCUCAAGGUUUAAGCAACAUGGCAAUGAGUGGAUAUCCUGGUCUUCAAUUUAAUCCAUAUCUUGGACAACAACGCCCAAUGAAUGGCAUGAGCAGCUUCAUGCUCUCGAAGGGAGAACCGAAGGUAGAGCCCGUCUCUGACCCUGUCCUGAAUCUCUCUAAUAACUCAUCAGCUUAUCAACAGGUCAUGAGUAGGUUGCCGCUUGGACCCCAUAUGUAAAUUUACACUCUCCCUCAUAUGAGAAGAGAGUAGAAGAAUAUGCCCAAUGCGGCUAUAUAUAUAGCCUAUAAAAAAGAAAAAGGAAGUUUUUGAUUCAAUUUUGUAUCGUUGAUUCCGUUUACCCCUUCUAAACUUUCUUUUUUCUAAAUUAAUAAUUGUUGCCUGUCUUAUUUUCAUU